AUGUUCUUUGUGUCAAAUAUUUCGGUACUCAGAUGCGCGGUUAAGCAGUCAAACAAAGCUAUGGGUCGGCGUAAAUCAAAAAGAAAGCCGCCACCAAAACGAAAAGCCAUAGAACCUCUCGAUCAACAAUUCAACUGCCCUUUUUGUAAUCACGAAAAAUCUUGUGAAGUUAAAAUGGAUCGAGCUCGAAAUACUGCUCGUAUACAGUGUCGAGUAUGCUUAGAAGAUUUUCAAACGACAACAAACGUGUUAUCUGAACCUAUAGAUGUUUACAAUGACUGGGUGGAUGCCUGUGAAAGUGCGAAUUAG